CAUUUGUGUUUUCAAUUUUCUAGCCGCUUGUUAUUCGUAAAAUGGCAGCUGUGCGCGCUCGUUGUAUUCGCGGUUCCGCUAUCCGUUGAUUUUUUCCUCUGUGGGCUACGAAUAGCAGACAAAGUGAAAUUGUGGAAAAGUGUUUUACGCCAUUGGAAAUGGAAAAUUGUGUGAAAAAGGUGUACAUGCCGUAGUGAAUUUUACACAUAGCUCGGAUGCAAAUUACUAGUACUACUUGAAUUAUGAAAAUCGGCAAUAAAUAUUUAAAGUGUAAAGAAAUUUCGAAGUAGAAAUUUGAGAAAGAUUUUGUGUUGAAGAAGGCUCUGUCCAUUGUCUCUGUCAAAUGAAUAUUUCCAGCGCUUUUUGCGAGACGAGCUUGGCAAAAAAGGAAAUUGUGGACACGUUUCUCAAAGAGAACUUGGAUAAUGUGAAAUUUUAAUUCUAGUGCUCAAGUAGUUUUUUGUGGAACUGGCUUUACUGAAGCCACUGUGAUUGGACGGAUAGACAUUCUAAUUUGCUAUCAGACGCUUGGAAGCACCUACAUACAUACAUCCUUUCGCUUUAAUCGACAGGAUUGUUCAAAGGAUACAGCACUAACAACAAUACAACGGAAUCGCCAGAAACAACAAAAGCGAAUGAGCCGGAUAGAACGAGACUGCAAAAAAAAACAGCAUUGCCAGAAUUGAUGAUUAAUUUCGGUGCCCGAAAACAGUAGAGCAAAAUAACAAAAACAAAAAAGAAAUGCGCAAAAUAGCAAAGCAUCAACGAAACCCAAACGAUUCCAACAAUUAAUCUGAACGAAAAUUCGAACAAACUACAAAUAAAAAGGAAUAACAGAAGAUAAUAAAACAUAACAUAACAGCAAUUGCGGCUUUAGAGAUUGUACUCACACUGCCGAAGAAAGCAUCAGUAGCCGAAGUAGAAAAUAUUAAAAGAACAAUAAUUAAAAAGCUGACGAAACGUAGCAGAAAUAAGAAAAAAGUAAUUGAAUUAAAAAAAAAACAUAAAAAUGUCGAAACGUCAAAAUAAUUCUUCAAGUUGUUUGCCGCGGCUUUUGAUACGCGUGAUCUUUAGCGAAGACAUCAGCGGUUGAGCUAGUCGUUCCUAACGUAAAGUGACUGAAAGUCAAAGUGGCUAAUCGUAAUUGAUGUGCCAAUGUAACAGUGGCGAGAUCGAUCUACCAAUGACAAAAUCAAAAGAAGCAGCAAUUAGUGAUUAGAGGACAACGAAGUCUAAAAGUGUUAACAAUUAGUGGCAAUUAUCGUAAUUGUUGAGUAUUCUCAAAAAGCCGAAAUAAAAUAAAAGAGUUGUUAUAUUUUGAGCUAAGUGAUCUUGGAGAAGUGAAUUUAUCAACAUGGAUUUGAGCUUGGAACGCGAUAGUUCCGCGCUGGGCAGUCUUUUCCAGCAGAUCAUCAAUGAUUUGAAGAAUACAUCACCGCUAUGGGAAGACUUUGUUACCAAGGCCACGAAGUUACACCAAUGUUUACGUGCCGCCAUUCAGGCAAUCGCCGCAUAUUUGGAUGCCUUCCAAAAAAUCGCAGACGCAGCAACAAAUUCAAGAGGUGCUUCCAAGGAAAUCGGCACCGCUUUAACCCGUGUCUGCCUGCGACACAAAGCUGUCGAAUCACGUCUGAAAACUUUUACUACAGCGAUAAUGGACUGCCUGGUACAGCCCCUACAAGAUAAAUUAGAAGACUGGAAACGCACAGUGAUCACCAUAGAUAAAGAGCAUGCCAAAGAGUAUAAACGCUGUCGCACCGAACUCAAAAAGCGUUCCAGCGAUACGCUGCGUCUGCAGAAGAAAGCUCGCAAAGGUCAGUCGGACACCAUACAGUCGCUUAUGGAUUCGCAUAUGCAAGAUGUGACCUUGAGACGCGUCGAGUUGGAAGAGGUCGAAAAGAAAUCGCUGCGUUCGGCAAUGAUUGAGGAACGGCUGCGAUACUGUACCUUCGUGCACAUGCUGCAGCCGGUCGUGAAGGAGGAAUGCGAAGUGAUGUCAGAGCUCGGGCAUUUACAGGAAGCAAUGGAUUCAAUUGCCAUUGUAACGAAGGAUCCGAGCGUUUUGCCGCCAGCCUCCGAGGAGCUCAUACAUGACGCCAAAGCCACAAUGACGCUGUACCCCGAGUCGCCUGGCGGCGGUUCGGGCUCCCAAGGUGGUUGCUCCAAUUCGCUGGGUUCACGCAAAAGCUCCGUUUGUUCCAUUAGCUCCAUGAACAGCAGCGGCUCAAGCAAUUCACCGGGACAUCACCACUAUCCACGUUCGCUUUCGCAGUUAAUUUCGCCUGCAAUACGCUUGAAACCUGGUGAAUCCAGUGAUAGUGGCUUUUGCUCUUCGCCAGCGCUAACCACACAGGCUUCCACUGCCACUAGUCAAUCGCACGCCGUUUCCACUUGGCCUCCACAUUCCCAGGAUGCGGUGCCUGUGCUGCCACCUGCCGCCGAUCGGCCACACACAAUCUCAACCGCCUACGAAAAGGGCCACCAACGACCGCCUCUCACUGUUUACACGUUCCAGAAUCCCGAGACCAUUAUGGAGGGCAAUGGCGGGAGCGGCACCAUACCGGGCACGCCAAAUGGGCCCAGCGCAGGUGGCGCAGGGUCCGGCGCCAAUACGCCAUCUGCACUGAAGUCGCCAGCUGGUGCGCUGAGUCGUCCACCUCUGCCUGUGCGUUGCUCUUCGCUGGAACGUCCGCUUUCGGCCACCAAUACGCGCAGCGCCAACAAUCUCUUGCAGCGGCAAUGCCCAUCACCUAUACCGGCUCACAUAACCAAAGAGCUUUCAGCACAUCAUGCGCAACAGCAGCAAAUACAACAGCUGCAGCAACAGCAACAGCAACAACAAUCGCAGCUGCCACAACACCAGCUGCAGUCACCAUCGCCACCGACGUACGUCAAUAUGUCGGAGCUGGCCAACAUGGCUGCGCUGAAAAUCACUAACCAGCAGCAACAACAACAACAACAACAGCAGCAGCAGCAGCGGCCCGUUAGUUGCUUGCAACAACAACACUCCAUCGAUUCGAUUUGCUCGCAGUAUUCCAACGAUUCGCUUGCAUCGGGUCACCACCAGUCACAACAACAGCAGCAUCAAGGUGCCACUGCUUGUGUCAGCAAUAACAACGCCAGCAAGGCACGUUCACAUUCCGUUUCCUCUUCGUCUGCGUCCUCGAACACACCCUCUUUGCACUCGCAUCCCUCCAUAGAGUCCGGCACGGUAACCACGCCACUUGUUGGCCAAACACCGACACCCUCGAGCGGCAGCUCAACACCACAAAACCACUACUCGCCGCUGCUGACAAAUUCGCCAUCGUCGACAGCGGCCGGCACACCAAGUGGCGGUAGCGUGACGAGCGGAAUGAUGAGCGGCUUUGUGUAUAACGUCAACUCGCCGACACCACCUCAAAGUGGCACAGCAUCAGUCGACAGCGAUGUCUUAAAGAUCACCGAAACUGAUGGCGGACAAGCGGCAACCGCCGCCAACGUCGCACCACCCACUAACGAAACCAAUCCUCAGCAACAACAACAGCCAGACAGUAACAACAUAAACACCACUUCUAUAAAAUAUGCUACAACAACCAAUAACUCCCAAACCACACCCACCGAAACGCCCGAUGAAGAGCAUACGAAUUCCACCAAUCUAACUUCUGCCGCGAUCGAUACAGAAUCACCAACUAUUGUCGAGAAUGACGAACGUUCACGCGCCUCGGUGCUGCAGAAGGCAUCCAUGUUCGAAAAACAGGCCGCCGCUGCCGCCGCCGCCGCAGCUGCAGCAUCCACCACGGCAGUCACAACCGGUCGUUCGACCGGCAGCGAUGCUAUUUACGGCACACGACGCAACCAAGAGGACGUAUACCGCUCAACAAAUACCGGUAAUCUUUACCAGCAGCCAGUGCAACAGCAGCAGCAGCAGCAUUUGGAGCAACCAGAUGUGGAUAAAAGUUUUGAAGAUUCGAUCCAAGAAUUAAAUAAUUUAAUUGGCGAAUUAGACUCGUUUCAACGCGAGAUCGAUGCCAACAAGCAUUCUACAGCAGCUACACCAACAACAACAACGACGCCGACAGCAUCAACCGGGGACAAUUGCGGCGAUCGGUCCUUCCCCUUUAUCAGCACGAGCAGUAGCAGCGGCGUUGGCGAAGACAUGGGAAAUAACACAAAGCCAAAAGUGUCGGAAUGUGGCAACACUGGCGAUUUGACGCCCUUAACAGUUAUAUGCGCGCCGCAACCACCCAAAUCGCCGCAGUGCGCUAGCAAUCAAACGAGUGGCUGUGGCACUGAUCUGUCCGAUGCUGCCUCCGAUGACAUUGCCGCGGAUGUGGGCUCUCUAACGAGACUAAAUAACAACGCCAGCGCUAACGGUAGCACCAACAACGGCCAACACAACACUAGCGCUGGCAGUAGCAGAGACAAUAAUGGCCGCACAUUGCAGCAGUACAAUUCCGAUUCGGAGCUAAGUCGUUGCUAUGUAAGCGAAACGAGUUCGCUGGCGGGCGGCUACGAGAAUCCGACGUUUGCGCACUUCGCCACAGCGGCUUCGUCAUCGUCGAUAGCCGCUUCAUCGGGCGUGGAUGAGCCCGCCGAUGUGGGCAGCGUUAUCGGCGACAGUCGCUCGCUGAUGGCAGUGUCAUCGACAACGACGGCCGACGAUUGCGUAUCGCACGCCUCGUACAGCAUGGAUAAUGGCAGCGAUGGCGGUAGCAAUGUUGUAGUGAUGAUCUAUGAUCAUCAGAUACCCAUCACGCCGGAUAUUGACUACGUCAAGCAGAAUUCGGAGAUAGUCGUGCUGCGCACCAAAGAUCCGCUGCAGCAGCAGUUAGCGCGUCAGGAUAUGCGCGAGCUAACGCAGUUGCCGGCCAAUCUGUGCGCGUCAUUGAACGCGGCCUCCGCGCCGGGAUCGAGCAUGAUGUCUGCGUUGGCGCUAUCGUCGUCGUCGUCGUCGUUGUCGUGCUCAGUGCCCACCUCGCCGCCGCACACCGCGACCGUAGCGCCUGCCAAACAGCGGCUCUCCUCGUUCCGCGCUUCCAGCGAACAACAACUGCAGCUGCUGGGCUGCAGCGAGAACAACAACAGCGGCAGCGAAUUGUCGCUUCUGCGAGCGCCCAACCAACAUGCUUACGCAGGUACGCCGCAAACGCAAGCGCCAGAAGAGAGUAGGGGAGGUAGUAGGAAGGUGGCAACACCAAAUGCACACAACAACAGUGAUACCAUAAUACGCCGCAAAGCAGCAUUGCCGCCAAAGCCAAGUUUGAGUAUUUUCAAUGGCCAAGCGGCCGAUAAUUUACUAGAAUCUAGUAGCACGCGCAAGAGUAGUAGUAGUGGUAGGGGUAGUUGUGAAGCGGUGGCGGAACGUUUAUCGGGCGUGCCUACACCACCACCGCCACCGCUUUUGACUAAGGCCAGUUUCAAGGCCGACUUAGAUGCAAAAAUACGCAAGCAAAAGUUGAAAUUGCAAUUGCAAAAGGAACAGCAGCAGCAUCAAGAGCUCUUGCAACAAAAGCAACAGCUAAUACAAGAACAACAGCAAUUACAACAACACUCAUCCCAUCAGUCAGCCGCCAACAACUCAAAUAAUCCAAUAUACCUCAGCAACCACAAUCAUAGCAACAAAAAUAACUCGAAUUCCUCCAACAAUACCAACAACACCACCACCAUCAUCACCACAACCACCACCACCAAUGUCACCACAGCUAAUGGCAAUCGAAAUAGCAGCGGCGCCAGCAGCAACACUAACAACAACAGCUACAAUAAUAACUGUAAUGCAAUUAUGUUCAAUAAGCGCAGUUGUAGUACACCAAUUCCACCAAAUUCAACACCAACAAAAACUGCACCUGCAUCAGCAUCCGCAUCUGCAUCUGCAUCUGCCUCCCGAUCAAAUCAUUUGGCAUUUGUAGUGAAAGCCGCAUUAUCAUCCCAUCACACGACUGCAUCCGCAUCCGCAUCCUCAUCGGCAGGGUCACAACUUGUCUACCAAAAUGGUACUAAUAGUAGUAGUAACAAUAAUAAUAAUAAUAAUAAUAAUAAUAGUAGUAAUAGUAGUAAAAGUGCGUCCAAGCCUACCUCAUCUCCUUCAACUGCAUAUCCUAGAACAAGUAAACAAAUCCAUUCUAAUCGAACUCAUUAUCAAUUUCAUGCGCUGAAAUCACAACAUAACAACAACAACACGAACAUUUACCACAUCGAUAAAAUAACGAACGGCAAAUCACGCGCCAAACGCUCUGCAUCCAUGACAACCACCACGACACGUGCCUCACCACCACCACCACCAUCUUCAUCCACAUUGCCAUCGUCGACAUUAUCCUUCCACUCGGCAUCUUGCUUGCCAUCUCGUUCGCCGACUGAUCGCAUUAAAUGCCAACCACCAACGUCACCACGAUUGCAAUCGGCAACUGGGGUGUCUAUCGGCCCAAAACAAAAACACCACACCCGCAUCGAAACUGUUCAUACUUUGCCAUUGCCAUCGUCGUGUUCGCCGCCACCCCUAUCAUCAUCAUCACCAACAGUGUCAGUAGUAUCUUCCUGCACCUAUGCGUGUUCUUCUGCUUGUACAUCCACGCCGCCUCCCAUCCAACCAACCAACCAAUCAGCAGCUUCCACUGCGGUCUCGGCAGCCUCCACAUCCGCAUCGAACAUAAAUUCCGCCGCCGCCGCCAAACCGAACAUCACGCCGAGACCGGCUUCGUUGUCGGGAGGCGUGACGCGUAUUGCGCGCCGUUCGUCAGUUAACACGGCUAAGCCACCGCCGCCGGUGCGUCGCAGCUCAUCGGUGACGCCGAGUCACAAUGCCACAGGCACUGGGGCUCCUCCGCAAUCGCCACAACAUCAACAUCCAAACCAAUCUCAACAAGCUCAAUAUCACGCCACCCAACAGGCCGCCAGUCAUCAAAAGCCACCAGCAGCACAAUAUUCCCAAUAUGAUUCCGUUGAUAGUCUGCCACCCCCGCCCGCUUAUUUGCUUGACUCAAGGCACGCGACCCAAUUGUCGGCCUCUUCACCGUCGCCAGCAACACCGAUGCCCAGCUCAUCGCUGAAGGUGGCUGAAACGGUGAAGGCGCUAUCCGCUAUGCGUCACAAGCCUGCUUCACCGAAUUCGAUUCGACACAUGCAGCAGUUACAACACCAACAACAGCACCACCAGCACCACCAGCAACAACAACAGCAAUUACAGGCGCUGCAGACAACACAGCACUCACCAUCACAAACACCUGCACCAACAUCACCACAGCCACCACUACAACUACAACAAAAUAUUUACUCCACAACCGUUAAGAGCUUUUCCUCUACCACUUUACCACCGGUGCCCAAUUACGAUACUGAACAGUCGUUGCUCCAUUACGAUGCUUAUUCCUACUACAACCCAUAUGUUGAGGUUAGCUCCCAACUCACCGCCACACCACCACAGCUGCUUACUAAUGCUAACGAUGCCGCUUGCCAAACUCUGCCAAUAACACCCAUUUACCACUACUAUGACGGCACUCAGCCAAGAAAAUCAUCACACCACUUACAGCCGCCCAUACGGGAAGCACAGCUGCUGCAUGAGGCAGGAUGCAGCAGCAGUAAUACGCUCCGAGGUAUGGCCAAAAAGAAGGUCGCACACCAGUCACCAGUGUCACCAUCGUACACCUCACCGCCACCUUACGACUUCCAGCAUACCAAAAUAGAGCUGCCACCCCCUUUACCACCACCAAAUCCAAAUCAACAGCGUUCGCUUAAGCAGCAGCAAAUGCACCAAAAGCAGUUAAGUGAGUGUCAUCAACACGUUACACCAACAACACAACAACAUACCCCACAACAAUACAAUCAUCUACAAUCACCGCCACAACAACAACAUGAACAGCUUUAUGAUUACCUGCCGUCACCACAUCAGCACGUUCACUCUCCCAAGCUACAACAUAAAUACCAACAGCAGCAGCAGCAGCAGCAACAACAACAACACCAGCAACAGUCACAGCUUACGGCGCAGAAUCUUGUCGACCUUGAAGAUGAAGCCAAUAUUUAUAGUGGCAACGCCUCAUUCCGCACAUCAUCGCCUGGCAUUUAUGCGCAACCGAAAAUCGUCACAAGCAUGUCGAGCUUCCGUUCGGCUAGUCCGGCACCGAAUGACCACCACAGCCAACAUCAUCACGUUGUACCGCCAACACAGCCGAAAACCAAUCCAAAUCUUAUCGCACAGCUUAAUGCCCGACUAAGCAAGCAAAACCAACAACAGCAGCAGCAUAAUGCAAGUGAUGGUGGCACUUAUGGCUCCACGCCUAAUUCACCAAACCACCACACAUUGCCCCACCAGCAUCAGCAUCACCAAAGUGAGCCCGUCUAUAUGAGGAAUUACACGCAUCCCCAUCACCAACAGCAGCAACCAAUGUCAUCAGCCGCCACCGCUCCGACGCACCAGCAGCAAAACUAUGACGGUAAAUCGAAUAUAGAGAAACAUAGUAAAAUUUAUGGUAGUUUUAGCACUGCAAAUGCCACGCAAUCAUCUCAAGCGUCAUCAUCAUCAUCACCAUCAUCUAUUAGUGUAUCUGCAUCCUCUACACCGCCAGUAUCGUCAUCAUCCCAUUUCUCACAUUCAUCAUCCACAACAGCCAAUUUCAAUGCUGCACCACAUUUUCCCCUAUCAUCUUCUACUUCAUCGCUACUCUCAAAAGUCACUUCAUUUGCAAUGAAUGCCACCUCCACGGCCGUUGCUCUUUCCUCAACAACGCCAUCACAAAUACAGUCACAGUCACAGUCGCAGUCGCAGUCACAAGCAGCAGCUUCUGCCUCCCAUUAUCACGCAUCCUCGCGAGAUCAUCACCACAAUUACCAUAUCAAUCAGCAUAGUCAAUAUCAGUCAGUCGCUUCGCAAAAUGCAGCGCAAGGGCCCAAAGAGCAUAUGCACUCAAAUAUUUACUCCUCAUCCUCCUCGAUAACCACCGCAACGUCACACUCGCCAUCCGCCGCCACUCAAAUUAACGCCAAUAAAAAUGCUGCAGCUGCACAGCAAUCGAAGCAUCAAGCGACCUACGCUCCUCCUGGCGGUGUAGCCAGACAUUACAUUGCUCCAACGCAAUCGCAACAGCAGCAGCAGCAGCAGCAACAACAGCAGCAGCAGCUUCAUCAUCAUCAUCGCGAGCCACAUCACAGCUGCCCACCGCCGCUUGAGAAUCCACCACCGCCACCCACCAACUCAUUCAUUUACUCAGCCACAGCCAAUGCAACUGCGACCAUGCCCAAAAAUGCUAUGCGCACAAAUCUAAGCGUUAGCAGCGCAGGCGCGGGCGGCGCCACCUAUGCUCCCCCUUCGUCCGCCAUGACAUUGCCUAAGAAUCUCGCACAACAGCGUUUGCAGCAACAACAGCACUAUCAGCAGCAGCAGCAGCAGCAACAGCAACAACACUACCAACAGCAACAAUAUCACCACCCAACCGCCACCGCUGCCAACGCAGCCGCUCAACAACACCAGCAACAUUCCCAGGCGACUACUGCAACUCACCGUGCGCAAAUACCACUGCCACACCACCAACAGCAACAGCAGCAACAACAGAUGUCCUAUAAACAAAAGUCAGCCACUUUGCAAAGCAAUCACCGGCAGCCGCCCGUACCCUCGCGUCACUCCAGCGUGCAGCAGAAGAUCUUUGUCGCCACCAAUCCAUUCAUUCAAACUACAACCAUACACUGUCACUCGCCCGCAUCGGUGCACUCGCAGCCGGCAUCACCCACCUGUUCGUCGCCGUCGUCGUUGGCGAGCAUUUACGGCACUAGCUCGAGGAGUCAUCACCACCACCACCAUCAUCAUCAGCAACAGCAGCAGCAGCAGCAGCAUCACGGCAGCGGCAUUGGCAGUAGCGGCGGUAAUAGUGGUGGAGCAGCCGGCAAUGGUUACUACGCUGCCCCGCACAAUUCAACGAGUUAUGCUAGCUCUAACAUUGAGAAGGCGGGCAGCAUUCGUUCGAAAACAAAAGCAGAAUUUCUUGAGAAUCUCAAUGCGAAGCUGGCCAAGCAGGGUCUCUCCGGGCGGGCCUUUGCAGUGCGCAAUCUGAUCAAUAGCAAAGCCUUGCCCGAUCCCCGCAUUUGUCAUGAAUCGCUGAUGGACCAAAUCAAGCGUGGCGCCACACUGAAACGAAAUCAAAAAAUAAACGAUCGGAGUGCUCCGAAAAUACAUUAAAUCGUUUAGAGGCGAGAAAGAGGCUGCUAAACAUGUCGGAGUCAGAGUCGGAGGAGAAAAAAUUGUUAAACGUUAACAAACGAGCAAAUAGAGGCCGUACGCGACCUAACAUUCAGACUGUUUUACCGACGCCACUGGGAGGAGGGAAUACAAAAUACAAUACCUAAACGCAUACUUACAUAUGAGUACAUACAUAUAUACGUUUAUAAAUAAUAUUAUAUUGCAGUUAGUUGUAAGCGAAUAAAAAAUAGAAUACACUUACGCUAAUUUAAAGGCGAAUAAACUAAAUGAAUAUGAAUGAGUGAAUAAGUGUAAAUUAGAAAAACUGUUCCAUAUCCAUACAAAUUUAUACAAAAAAAAAAUAUUCAUUAUGAACCCAAAAUACAUAUAUAUUC